AUGGGCAAGAACAAGGGCGCCAAGGGCAAGAGCAACGAGGGAUCGGACUCCAAGGACGCCGGCAAGCUGAAGCCUGCCCAGGCUGUCAGCGUGCGGCAUAUCCUAUGCGAGAAGCACUCGAAGGCCACGGAGGCCCUGGCCAAGCUCCAGGCCGGCGAGCGCUUCGACCAGGUUGCCUCCGAGUUCUCCGAGGACAAGGCCAAGCAGGGCGGGAACCUCGGCUGGAUGGUGCGCGGAUCGAUGGUCGGCGCCUUCCAGGACGCGGCCUUUGCGCUGCAGCCGAGCACCACGGCCAAGCCGGUCUAUACGAACCCCCCGGUCAAGACAAAGUUUGGCUAUCACAUAAUCAUGGUUGAGGGCAGGAAAUAA